AUGUUGCCAAUAAGUCAGACAUCACCUGUACCUUCACAACGAUCAUUAAUACCAAUUAAUAUUGAAACAUUAGCUGGUUCAUCAUUUGAAUUACUUGUUUCACCUUAUGAACAAAUACAAUAUAUAAAACGUAAAAUUGAACGACGAGAAGGUAUACCUGUUUCACAUCAACAUCUUAUAUGGAAAUCUAAUGAACUUGAAGAUGAAUCAUGUUUAUAUGAUUAUAAAAUUGAAGCUGGUACAACACUUAAACUUGUUUUAGCUAUGCGUGGUGGUCCUGUUAAUACAAAACGUGUACCUAUUGAAGAUAGUUUUAUACGUGAAAUGUCAGAAUAUAUUGAAAAUAGUCGAGAUGAUUAUACAUUAACAAGUGAUUUAUUACCAUCAUCAAAUAAAAAUGUUACAUUUCUUGUUUUACGUGAUGGUGAUCAAUUUAAUUUUUUUCAAGUUAUUGAUAGAGGUGACGGUACACUCUCACCUUUGUCCGGUUCUAUGAGUAAUACAUCAAUGUAUAAUACACAUGAAACAAUGACUGUUGAACAAGAACGUAAAUAUGAUGAAAAACGACAAGCUGAUGAUCGUAAAACAAAAGAAAAAAUGGAAUCAAUUCGAUCAAAAUUAAAAACACAUACUAGAAAAGAUGUUUUACCAGUUCGUCCAUCAUCAACAUCAAAACAAAAAAAAACAAAUUUAAUUCAUCAUCAUCGUCGUAAUAUUCUUGUUGAUUCAAGUUCAAAUAUAAGUACACAUGGUGAUAAUUCAUCUGGUACAUCAUCUUUAGAACCACAAAAACAAUCUUGUUCUGUACCAUAUCAAUUAUCAUCGACAAAUCUUAUUAAUACAUAUAAUAUGUUAGCAGCUGCUACUACUGUAGGACAAUCAAUUUAUCUUCAUGAAGAAGAUAGUGAAGAUGAAGAAGAUAGUCAUGAUGAAGAUGAUGAUCAACAACAAUUAGAAAAUAAUCAACAAGAAAAAAUUUUAUCAUCAUUACCAACAACAUUAGUUAAAGAAAAAAAACAACAAUUAUUAACAUCUAGAUCAUAUUCACCAUCAGGAUUUUAUCAAAAAAAACAUCAUUCAUAUGAACAAGAAUCAUCAAAAAAAUCUCUUCAAGAUUCUUAUUAUUAUGGUCAUAAUAGAAAAAAUCGAAUAGGACAACAUAAUUCAACUAAUACAUUAGGUACAUAUAUGCAAAACUCUAGUAAUACAUUAUUUUCAACAAAUUGUCCAUCGACAACAAUUGGGCCUGUUAGUCAAGAAACGGCCAUAACUACAAUAACAACUUCUGAGAAUGAUACAAAUACUGGUGCUAUUUUAGUCGAUAAUAUAAAUUCUGUAUUACCAACAUUAGAUCAACAAUCAAUACCAAUUGUUUCAACAUCGUCUCGUAUACUUUCGGCAACAAUGAAUAAAAAUUUUAAUACAUCCGAUGAAUUAAAAUCGAACAAUAUUGAUUCUAUAUUAGAUAAUCAAGAUGAAAAAAUAAAUUCAAAUAGUGAAAUAAUUUAUCAACAAUCUCAUACAUCACCAAUGCUUGAAUUACUUGAUGAUGAUAUUAUUACACCAACAAAUGGUUUAACAAGUGCAACAUCAAUACAUGAUGAUAAAACUGAACCAUAUAGAAAACGUACAGCUGAAAUACAAAGUCGUAAUGAUACAUCAUUAAGUAAACCAAUAUGGACGGAUGAUGAUGAUCAAUUAAUUAUUGGUGAUGAAUAUACUAUUGGUGAACGUACAUCAACAAGUCAAUCAAUAUUAUUUCGUCAUAGAAAUAGUUCUACAAGUACAACAAUAGCUACACCAGUACCAACAUUUCCGAAUGUUGUGAAAAAAUCUACAUUACCAUCAACAACACAACAAUUUUAUCAUUAUCAUAAAACAUUAAAUAAUGAUACAAAACAAACAAAAUCAUCACCAAGACCACUUAUUCCAUUAACAUUAUCGAAAUAUAGACGUAUGCCAUCGAAUUUACAUUUAACAACAACAACAACAUCAUCAUUAUCACAACAACAAACAUAUACAAAUACAUCAAAUUCACCAUCAAAUGAUUUAACUAAUAAUGAUAAUGGGAAUGGGAAUAAUAGUACAGAUUCUUAUAAUGAACAUUUAAUAUUAAAUAAACGUAUUGAAGUAUUAAAAACACCAGGUAAAAAACAAUCAACACCAUCGACUAUGUCAUCUCCAUCAUCAUCAUCGACUACUAUAUUUCCACCUGCAUCUACAUCAUCGAAAAGACAUUUUCAACAACAAGAUAUUAAAUCUAUUGGUGCAACAGCUACUGUUCCACCUCCAUCAUCAUCAUCAUCCUCUCGCAAUCCAUUAGAUAAUACUAAAGUAACUAUUGAAACAAUUGGAUCGAAAACAGUAUCUGCUCUAUUACGACAAAAUGCCACAAUUGAACCAGUAGAUACAUCACGUGGUGUUGGUAAACAUCUUGUUUCACUGCUAACAACAGCAUCAAAAGAUACAACAUCUAUAAAAACUGGUUACAAACCAUCAUCUCGCGAUGCCGUCAUUGAAGAGCGUUAUAAAUUAGAUCCAAAAUUGAAUAAUCUAUGGUCAAGCCCAACAAGUAAUAAUCUUUCAACAGUGAGUAGUAGUCUUCAAUCCAGUAAAUUACCGCCAGUUAUUGUCAAUCGUAAAUCAACAUCGAAAUGUUUUUUGUGUAAAAAGAAAACUGGAUUAGCUACAACAUAUCAAUGCAAAUGUGGAAGUUCGUUUUGUAGUGAACAUCGAUAUCCUGAAGCACAUGCAUGUGCAUUUGAUUAUAAAGCUGAAGGAAAACGUUUAAUUGAACGAAAUAAUCCAUUAGUAACUGCACCCAAAUUACCGAAGAUCUAA